ACAACACCAUUGUCAUCAUCAUCAUCAUCGCCACCCACACCAACACAACAGCAAAAGCGAGCCAUCGCCGCCAUCGACAAGGCCAACGUGCCCCGUCCCUACAAGUGCCCCAUGUGCCCCAAGUCGUUCUACCGUCUUGAGCACCAAACCCGUCAUAUCCGCACUCACACGGGCGAGAAGCCUCACCAGUGCACCUUCCCUGGCUGUGAGAAGCGAUUCUCCCGCUCCGAUGAGCUGACCCGUCAUGUCCGCAUCCACACGUCGCCCAACAAGCGCCACACCCAUAUGCUCGCCACAGUGGCCGACAUCACACCUACCGCAACCCCCGUUCCUUCUGCCCCUUCAUCGCCCGCUCUGUCAGCGGCAGAUCAACAUCCGUCAGACUCAGAGACCGAGUACCUCUUCACCCCAGGCAACUCGCCCACCAUGUCGCCCCGCACACUCUCCCCAAUGACUUCGCCAAAGAUCAUGUCGCAAAGCAAGAUCGAGCCCUUGGAAUGCAGUCGGUUUGGUCCGGUGUUUGCCCGUCCUGUUCACAACAACAACAAUAACAACAACAACAGCACAAGCUUGUUGGACCUCUUGGAACGACCCCCGCAGGCCCGCGUUCUUCCGCCUAUUUUCACGGCAUCAUCCGAUCAAAAGACGUCCUUGCCUUCGAUCCACUCUGUCUUGCCAUUCUAA